AGGGAGUACUUUAGUAACUUCUCAAUCCCUAUUAUACGCAUAGUUGCUUUGAGGCUUUACAGUCCCCAAUUUGCCCCUUCUACUGUUAUUUCAACAUUUGAAUUGUUGUAUAUAAAUUGAGUGCAUAUUUAAUAUAAAACGUUGGCAGGUACAGUGCGCCGCCCGUGCUCCUCCGCACUGGCCAACAACAGCGGCGCACCCCGGCGCCCUGCUCCAGACCUCGACCUCCUCCUCAUGCUGGACCUCCUCCGGAGCCACGGCGCCUCCCUGCCGGCCCCGACCUUGCCUCGCUGCUCCGGCGAGUCCCCGACGAGCAGAUGAGUGCCCCGCUCUGCUCUUGUUCCGUUCUCUCUCCCCUGACGGCCUCCCUAUCUCUUCUCUAACCUUUCCUCUCUCUCUGUUCGUGUACAGGAGGGAUGGAGCACCUAGCCGCAUGGAGCUCCUCGCACAGACGUCGUCCGCGCCCUUCCCCGCCUCAGAUCCGGCUGGAUCCGCCUCCUCCUCCAGCCACGGCCCUUCCUGGUCGGAUCCCGCCACCGCGCCGCCGUUUCUCGCCCACCGCUCCGCCCAGCUGCUGCAUCGUCUCUGCAUCGAGCAGCAAUGCAGCCGCUCGCCCCCGUUGACCGCGUACCUCGCCCGCUUGGGCCAGAUCCGCGCCAACGCCCAGCUCGCCUCGCAUCCUGCAGCCCAGCGUCACCACCGAGCCGACCCAAGUGCCGUGUUUUGGUUAUGUUGCGAGUGUGGGGAUUCGUUCGACUACGCCCGUUCGUCUUCUUCAUGGAUUCGAUCUUCUUCCUAGCGGGAUUUCAGGCAAGAUGACCGCCACCUUGGAUCUCACUACUAUCUUUGCUAUGCUAGUUGUCUCGAUGCUAUCGCUAUGUCGCGCUACGUACCACUUGUUAUCAAGCCUCCCAAAUUGGCAUGUUAGCCUCUAACCUUUUCACCCAUCCUAGCAAACCGUUGUUUGGC